AUCGUUUUAUUCUUGGUAUUUCUGUAAUCACCUUGACUAAUGCUCUUAAUUUUAUGGUUUAACGGUGGAAUUUCCGAGAAAAUUUGAGUGAAGAAGCUGGCAAUGUUUGGCUUACAUUUGCAGCAGUCCGUUGUAAAGUCUCGCUGUGGAUUUGGAGUAGGGACUACUUUUGCUUGUUUUUCUAGCUAUGUUUGAUUGGAACGACGAAGAGUUAAAUAUCAUAUGGGGCGAGGCAGGGGAUAGUGAUGAUCACAUCGUUCCAUAUCCUGAUCAAAUCGAGGAGAAACCUCCAAUUUUUUUUGGAGAUUACACUAAGAAGGAGUUAAAUCAGGAGAUUUUGGAUGUUACUCAUGUUGAACAGAAGAAACCCACUAUUAUCAGGACUGAAUAUGGGAAUGAACUCGAAUGCAGUUCGAAGUAUGACACUGGUGACCCUGCAAUAGGACUUGCCCCGCAAUUAUUGAAUGCUGGUAAAGCCGAUCAUGAUUUUAUGGGACCUCCUAUUUCCAACAGAAUGACUGGAAUUUCACAGAGUUGCUCUUCAAAAGAUGAUAUGGCUCAAUUUGACAAAGAAUCUGAAAUUUUUCAGAGUCGGAAAGUGGGCAAAGAAGAAUGUGAUUUUGUUGACUACGACUGGGAAAAUAUUGGAAGUUUUGAUGACCUGGAUAGGAUAUUUAGCAACAGUGACCCAAUUUUUGGAGAUCCAGCUGUUGGUAAUGCUGGUGAGCUGUGGUCAUCUUCCAAAGAUGUAAAUUACAGCACCAUGAGAGCUACUCUUUUUUCAGGAGAUUCUUCUGAUUUGGAACUUCGAGCAAUCAGGAACCAGUCAGAGAGAUUUGAGAAUGAAUAUUUAGAUUCGAGCAACUCCUUUCUUCCUGAAUAUCAAAAUUUGAACGAGAUCACAACUGCUCCUUGGGAUGUACAGGCAAGCUUAGAUACUUUUGAACAUUGUGGAGGUACAAGUAAGCUAUUAAAGAAUGAAAAGCAGACAAAUUCUGAUAUGGGUGGAAAGAGCCAAGUAUCCAGCAUGCAACUUAAUGAUGGAACUACUGCCACAGACAAGGGUCAUAGGAAAAAGAGAGUGUUGAAGGGUCGACAUUUGGAGGAGAAGAGUAAAGUCAGACAGCUUCGUGAUUUGUGCGGUACAUGGUCUUCAUCUGGGAAGCCAUUACAACAAUUCAACAUGCAGUAUCCACAAUCAAUGGUCAACCAACAUCAGGCUUUGUUACCUAGUCAGCUUCAAAGGCCAGAACCUUUGAAGCACAAACAUUCCUCUGGUCCACGUUUGGCUUCUCCGAUGUAUGGCAAUAUGGUGAAUCAGUGUCCAACCUUAUCCGUCUUGCCUCGAUUUCAUCCAGGGGAAGGAAAUUAUAACCCAUUGUGCUCUGGCUAUGAAGUUUCUCCUAAUACAAAUUCUUUAAAAAACUCAGUGAAUGCUGCAUUGAAACCUCCAUCAAUGACACCUCGGGAAAAAAUUGAGAAGUUGAGGAGGCGGCAGCAAAUGAGAGCAAUAAUUGCAAUUCAGAAGCAGCAGCAGAAAUUUGAUAAUCAGGUUUCAAUAAUCAAAAAUUCUACCAUGGGAGGAGGGAACGUUGAAGUCAAUGACAAUGUUACCAGCUUUGCUUCACUUGAUCCAAACUCGCCCAUAGAACAGGAUAAUUCUAGUGUCAAUAAUGCUGUCAUCGAUGACUGUUCAGCGGAGGGCUCAAUACUUCACCGGCUUCAAGAAACCAUUGACAAAUUGGACAUCCAUUUAAGACUUUGUAUCCGGGAUAGCUUAUAUCGGCUAGCUCAAAGUGCUAAACAAAGGCAAUAUUCUAGUGAUGCAAGCAGUUCCAACCCAAGCAGUAAGGAUGAUGUUCUCAGCAAAAACGAAGGAAAUAAUUCUGACAGGUUUACAAGAAUGCCUGAUGCAGAAACUGGGACAAAUCCCAUAGAUCGUACCGUCGCUCAUUUGCUUUUCCAUAGGCCUCUGGACUUCUCAGGAAAACCUGCCGAGGCACUAUUGCCUGUAUCUGCCAAGCUCCCAUAUGAAAGGAAGGCAACUUCGUUAACGAGGUACUUUCUUGAAAGCUCUGACAAAAUGCAAAUCACUUCUCCCCAUGGAUCAAAAUCUCUUGGCAUAUUCUCUGAAAGGGAUCAUUCCAAAAACAGCCUGUGCUUAGAAACUUCUGAGAAUGCAUCAAACACUGAAGUUACAGACGAGAAAGUGAAAAAAAAAUGAAAGCCUCCUACUGAAGAAUAAAGCUUCCCUCAGAUCUUUUCAUACUGUAUUCAGAUUCUCUGGUAAUAGGACUUCACUUUACAUUGUCAGCCAACCAGAUCUCUUUUAAGCAUGGUCGUGGAUGAUAACCAUUUAGUUCUCUGGAGGAAUCUACACAUCAUAAUGCAAGAAAAUAAGUCAUGGUUACUGUUAUGCUUUGUCAAGGAAUUCUGUACUCUUGUUGUCAGUGGUUUGAUCGUUUUCUAGUUUGCAUGUUUUGUUUUGAGGUGUGUCAUGGUGAAGCUACUAAAACUUCAACUAAAUAAAGCCUGCCUGAUUAUUAGAAAACAGCAGUAUGACCCAGGUGCCUGAAUUUUUUUGAUUCUAUUUUCGAAAAAAUUGAUAGCCCAUUCCUGUACUUGUGUAUAUCCUGCUGUGGGUGUGGUAACUUUCCUACGUGCAGUGAAUUAUAAAGGUAAAUUGAUGUCUCGUUA